AUGAGCGGACUCCCGCAGAUGUUUGUUGUCAGAAUUCCCUGGGAGGCGUCGGCGGCGAACCCACCGUUCGAGGCUGUCAUGUCGUCGCUGCGCUUUACUGACGACGACUUCCAAGCCGCCUGGAAGGAACUAGACGAGCCGCAACUGGACGGAGGAUGGCAGCUUUUCACCGAAACCAUGGGCGUCCAAAUUUACAGACUUCUGGAAAAGGAAACGGGACUUUACGAGUAUAAAGUGUGGGGUUCACUGAGCGGAUGCGAGGCGGAACUGUGCGCUGACGUCUACAUGGACCUGACAUACCGCAAGCACUGGGACUCGUACGUCAAAGAGCUGACGGAGAGGGAGAUUGACGGGCAGUCGGCCAUCUACUGGGAGGUCAAGUACCCCUUCCCUCUGUCCAAUCGCGACUAUCUGUACGUCAGGGAGCAACGCGUGCUGGACGUGGAUGGCAGGAAGAUAUGGGUGAUCUUGGCCAGAAGCUGGCCCGAGGCGUCGUACCCCGAGAAGAACGGCAUCCUGAGGGUCAAAGACUACAAACAGACGGUGGCAAUAGAGGCCGACGGCCAGACGGGAACCAGAGUUUUCAUGAACUACUUUGACAAUCCCGGUGGCAUGAUCCCCACGUGGCUGGUCAACUGGGCAGCAAAGAGCGGCGUUCCCGGCUUCCUGACGGACAUGAAAAAGGCCUGCGCCGACUAUCCGCUCUACUGUCAGAAGAAAUGAAAGCACUUUAGUCAUCAAACUGAAUGGAGGGGAGCUCCUCUAUUACGGAAAUGAUUGAAUGCCCUCCUAUCGAUCUGCUGUCUUUUAUUGUACACUCCAGUUAUGUCUGUGAAUUUUAAACCUUUUAUGGAGGGUUCAUCAUUUUAACACAAUCAACUGUGAUGACAUAUGCAAUGUAAGUGAUUGUUUUUAGUUUGCACAAAUCAAGUGUCUUUGCUGUCUAUUGUUUUUUUUUUCCUCAAGUUGAUGGAACCUGUAAUGCUGAUUUGUCAAAAGUAUCAUGAUGAGUAAACAAAUAUUUAUUAGAUGCAGCUGUGUGUUUCAUG